UUUAACCAUGCAUCGCCCAUGUUUUUAAAACAUCUUUCAAAAACUCCUCAUUUUGAAAACUCAACUUUAAAGUAAAACAUCUUUUCCAUCAUUUUUUCACUUCUAUUUCAAAUUAUACGAGAUGCCGCCAAGUGAUAAAGUUACGAUAAAAGUAAAAAUAUUGGAGGAAGAAUACCAUGAAAUUACAAUUGACUGGUCCGAUGGACAGACUGCCUUACAGAGACAGCAAAGUGUAUUUAGAAAGCUGCAAUCCAUCACAGGAAUUCCUAUUGAGUACUCUUAUUUUUUAAUCUUUGCUAUACCAGAAGAAAGAGUUGGAUGGUCCGUAUUUUACAACUCAGAUUUUAAAUUAAAAAGCCAUGGAACUUUGACAGAUGACGAUCGUUUCAAUAAAGAAAAGGUGAUGUCUAUAAUUGAAAAUGGCGAUGAAUUCAUUAUUUGUUCGGAUUUACGUUGCUCGGAUGACAAACAUCUCUAUUGUUUUUAUACAUUGAUCCAUACAGACUUCCUGGAUGAAACAGAUUGUUCCGAAGCUAUCUGUCACCACAAAGAAAGCAGAGCUUUUACAAAUCGCAGAGCGCAACUAGUCGCAGAUGAAGCGUUGAAUGGUCAAUUGAACUGUCUGCUUCCCAACAACAGAUCAGGGAAUGAGCGUGAAUGGGUUAACAUUUACUUGCGUUUAAAUAUUUAUCAAUUCAUUGUUGCAGUUUGCAAGCAACACGAACCCUUUCGCCAAGAAAAUUCGGGUUUUAUGCUCGAACAAGGUGAUUCACGUGCACGCGGAUAAUUUCCAUCGACAAUUGUUUGAGUGAACCCAAAUAUCAGCUAUUUUGCAUUGAUUAUUAAAUUUAUCAAUUUGUAUUUUUAUUAUUAAGAAA